AUGUCGUUUCUGCUCGGCGCUGACUUCGCGAGCAGCAGCGAAAAUGAGAGUGAUGAAGAUGAUGCGGUAGUUAUCCAGACAAGCCAAGAGUCAAAAACGAAGAGAAGGCGUCUUGAGCACGUAUUACCCUCAUUUGACAGCGUCCUGUCAAGCGUGUCCGCGUCGACGGCCUCGUUCUUGCCGCCUAAAUUCAGUGCCACGGCCCAGAAUACCAUCGAAUCGUUUGACUUGGUUAAAGAUCAAGAGAGGCAAGAACGAAAGCAAAGAGUUUUGGGUGAUGUACAAGAGACACGAGAGGAGAAACAAAAGGUGGCAGCAGAGAAAGUUGGAGAUGACCGUAAGCGACGUUUGCGAUUAGAGGGGGCGGGGAUCCGAGAAUCGUUACCCAAGCGUGAGAAGAAAGCUGCUAAGGAGCGAGUUAAAAAUCAGCGGCUCAAGGGUCAAUCUGGCAUUGGUUCGGACUUUCGCGGCUGGAAGUCUGAAACAGAGAUGGCGCUGCGGCAGCAAUUUGACUAG